AUGGCUAUUGAUCCUUAUGAAAGACAAUUGGAAGUAGAAGAAGGAGAAGAAGAGGAGAGUGAACAAGAAGUAGAGCAUUACACACAUAUUGAAACAUCCAAUGCUUGGACUGUAUGGAGAAAUAACAUGGCUAGGGAAAUAAUGGAUGCUAAUGUAAGGAAGCAUCAAUGGACUACAUUGGAAGAUUCAAAGCUAGUAGAGUGCUUAUUGGAUAUGGCUAAUAGUGGAAAAUGGAAAGCAGAUAAUGGUACGUUCAAGCCUGGUUACUUACAACAAUUGGAGAAAAUGAUGAAUGAAAAGAUUCCACAAUGUGGGCUUAAAGCACAACCACACAUUGAUUCUCGUGUGAAGAUAUUGAAGAAACAAUAUCAUGCCAUUUCUGAAAUGUUGGGCCCUGCCGGUAGUGGCUUUGGUUGGAAUGAUAAGGAUAAAUGCGUUGUGGUUGAGAAAGAUGUGUUUGAUGAAUGGGUUAAGAGUCACCCAUCUGCGAAAGGCUUAAGAAACAAGCCGUUUCCUUAUCAUGAUGAGUUAGGACUAGUGUUUGGAAAUGAUCGCGCUAAUGGACAAGGUGCAAUGGGAUUGACUGAUAUGGUUGAUGACAUUGAUAAAGAAACAGUAAAUGAUCUUGAUUAUGAUCCCUUGCUUAUGUCUGAUGAGAACAUGGAUACUGCAAGUAUUGGUGGUCCUAGCGUACAAACAACUUCAACACCAUUAGCAUUAGGAAGGAAAAAGAGAAAGAGAUCACAACGUGGAGAUGUAUUGGUUGAUGCUUUAACUGAGAUAGUACAUAAGUUUUCUGAUAUGUAUGCUAUGGCUGGUGAGAAUAUUGGCAGGCUUGCUAAUUGUUUUCAAUACGAGGCUGAUGGUGCUGCAAGGAGGAUGCAGGUGUUUGAUGAAGUAAAGAAAGUAGAAGGACUAACAAAUGCACAACGAGUACGAGUCGGAAAACUUCUUGUCCAAAACCAUGACUACACCAACUAUUUCUUCACGUUGGAUGAUGAAUUUAAGUUAGAUUUUCUUCUAUCUCUUUUGGAAUGA